AUUUUCUUUUUCUUAGCCCUGCCCCUGAAUUGUCAGACGGCGGGCGUCUGCCUCUGAAGUUAGCAGUGAUUUCCUUUAGAGCCCGGCCUUAUCUCCGGCUGCACGUUGCCUGUUGGUGACUAAUAACACAAUAACAUUGUCUGGGGCUGGAAUAAAGUUGGAGCUGUUUACCCCCACUCUAUAGGGGUUCAAUAUAAAAAGCCGGCGGAGAGCUGUCCUAGUCAGACGCGCUUCUGCAUCGGCGCUGCGGCGAGCGCGCAGAGGGUCCUCGGUCGCGCUGCCGGGUCCCCCCGCACGCCACCGCCGCGUGCGUCUUCAGACCGCUCCCACUGCCGGCCCUCCUGGCAGAAACUUCUUUUGCUGCCCGUUAAAAGCGCCCUGAGGCUGAAGGAUCGCGUUGAGAUCUGAAUAACCAGAAGCGCUUUGAGGCAACUGAAGCUCUUUUUCUUCGUUUUCCUUUGGGUUUCGUUGGCAGGGGAGGAUUUUGAUCCGCGCCCCCCGCCCUUUUUUUUUCUUUUAAUUUUUUUUUUUUUUUGCACCACAAUGGAUUAUUUCCCCGUGCUUUUCUCUCUGCUGUUUGUGGCUUUCCAAGGAGCUCCAGAAGCAGCGGUCUUGGGCGCGGAGCUCAGCACUGGCCUGGACAGCGGAGGGGAGAAGCCGGCUCCCAGUGCGCCCUGGCGGCCCCGACGGUCCAAGCGCUGCUCCUGCUCUUCCCUGUUGGAUAAGGAGUGUGUCUACUUCUGCCACCUGGACAUCAUCUGGGUCAACACUCCCGAGCACAUCGUCCCGUAUGGACUUGGAAGCCCUUCUAGGUCUAAGCGAUCCUUAAAGGACUUAUUUGCCACGAAGGUGACAGACCACAGGAACAGAUGUCAGUGUGCCAGCCAAAAAGACAAGAAGUGCUGGACUUUUUGCCAAGUGGGAAAAGAGCUCAGGGGUCAAGACAGUAUGGAGAAGGGCUGGCAUGACCAGAAGAAGGGAAAAGACUGUUCUGAGCUUGGAGAAAAGUGUACUCAUCACCAGCUGGUGGCGGGAAGAAAAAUAAGAAGGUUGGACGCCAUCAGGAACAGUAUCAAAACAGCUUUCCGUGUUGCAAAGCUGAAAGCGGAGAUGUACAGAGAGAAGAAAGUGACCCACAACCGAACGCACUGAUUGAUGGCAGGUGGCCGGGGCCUGUCACAUGCCAUCUCCUCCCCGGAGGGAACCCUGUGGCUGAUUCUGCACUCUCUCCACAUGGCUGGGAUCAGAGCAAAAGCAUCCUCCCUGCUUAGACCGUUUCUUGCUCCAGACUGGCAGCGGGCCAGUGUCCUCACUGUAAACAUUCCAGGGAAGGUUAAGGAGUCCCCCCAAUCUGUCUUCAUUUGCUUCCAUCAGUGGUGACCGCUUCCGUCUUUCCUCAUCUGGGGUGAUAGUUGGACCACGCAGAAAGCAGAGAGAUACAGUGACUUGUGGAUUAGGGUGGCAUCCUCCAGAGGGAGGACAGGAGAUUCCACACGCGGUGGAAUUUCUGAAGAGGGUCCGAAGGGAGUGUUUGUGUCUCACUCAGGCGCCUGGCACGUUUCAGGGAGAAGCUCCAAAGUCCAUGCAAAGAUUUUCUAAGGAAUGCACAAAUUGAAAACACACUCGAAGGACACUCAAGUAAAAAAAAAAAAAAAAAAGCAAAAGACUUUUAUUAUUAUUUUUUUCAUUCACAAAUAUGCAAACUGAAAGACACUGUUACUACUGUAAAAUCAGGAUGGGUUUGAUGAAUAUGAGUCUACCUCACCUAUAUUGCACUCUGGCAAGAAGUAUUUCCCCACCUUUAAUUAUUGCCUCCCUUCGCUCUUCCCCCUCCUGCCCUCCCCUCCCCCCAAAGCCCCCGUUGUAAAUCUUGGCCUCAUAGAUGUCUAGUCUAACAUGUCAGUAGUAGAUGUAACGUUUCAUGGUAAUCUACUAGCUCUGAUCCACAAGAAAAAAGGUCAUUGAAUCAGGAGGUUCCCUUGCCUUGAUCUUUGGAAACACAAUGGUAUAGAAUUGUUUAUGGAAGACAUUGAAAAGUAAACAUUUGGUUAUGCUUUAAAGCAGUGAAAUUAUUUUCCUUUAUGUAAGUGGCUAAUGGAAGAGGUUGGAAUAAAUUUUGACGUACUUAUUUUUUUAUAGAUAUUUAUAUUCUAACAGUUUAUUCCUUAUAUUUACCAUGUUAAAUAUAUGUCUGGGCAGGCCAUAUUGGUCUAUGUAUUUUUUUAAGUGUAUUUCUGAAUGAAAUUGAGAAAAAUGCUUUGUUUUGCCUGUCAAGGUAAUGACUCUAGAAAAUAAAUAUUUUUUUCCCUACUGUA